AUGUCGGAAAACAUAAAGCAAGCUAUAAAAGAAGAUACAACGAGUCUGCCGGAAAUCAAUAGAUCAAAAAACCCAUUCAAUUUGACGAAUCUCGAAUGGCAGCGAAUGGCCAAAAAUAUUUAUGGUCGUUUGGACUAUGAACGUGACGUAUCAAAGGAUGUGCAAUAUGAGGAGUAUUUGAAAAAUGGUUCACGUGAGAUGACGAAAAACUGGGACAACACGGUCGACAAGAUUCGUCAGCGCAAAGUGGCCGCUAUGAAGAAAAAAGAGGAACAGAAAAAGGCCGAAGUGAGAAGAUGUCUGGAAGAUGUGAAGCGACACGAUGAAGACACCCGUCGCGAGCGUAUUGAAUACGCGGAAAAAUUGUUACAACGCUUAAAAUCCGGACCCAAACAAUUGGAAUCAGCUUACAAGCUCAGCCAAAUUUUGGCCGAACAAGAGCAACAGCGACACGAACGACACAGACAAAAGGAGCUACAAUGACAAAAAGAUUUAAUCGAAGGUCAGAAAUUAAUUGAACAGGCCGUCGAAUGGAUUGAAAAUCAAAAGGAACACAUACGUAAUUAUCGAAAACGUUGUGCACAGUACAAAGAAGUGUUACAAAAAGACAUAAACGAACGAGAGAAACAGAAAUCGGAGGCGAGUCAACGACUGGCCGAAAUGGAGGAAAAGGAAUUGCAAACGAAUACGAAGCAAAUGCAAAGAGUACUCGAUAAAGAACAGCAAAAUGCCACCGGCCAACGACUUGACCGACAAAAUGCCGACUUUUUAUCGAAACAGAAUAUGCAACAAAGGCGUCAGAGAGACUUGAUCAAGGUAUGCAUUGAACAAAAACGAAUCAACAAAUAUCUCGAACAGAAACGGUUUGAGGAAUUCAAUCAAAAAUACCAGGAGAAAUCGAAACAGAAGCGACGGUCUCACUACCGAGACACCUUAGCUAAGAAGCUGUUUGAAAGUCUGCCAGAUAUAGAAAAAGUCGAAGAAAAGUGCUAUCAAAACGCUGUGAAGGAUUAUGCGGUCAAAUGGGACGAGCAAGAAAAAAAGCGAAAUGAACAUAUUGAAGAAUUGAAACGCGAACGUAUCCAUAAUCAUGCGAUAGAAGUGAAAACGAUCCAAGAAAUGGAACAGAAAAUUCAGCGCAAUCACGAUUUGGAAAAGGCAAAACGUCAACUCAAUGAGAAAAUCGAUUUAAUUUUCUAUCGUCAACAAUAUGCUAAUCGGGUUCAAACGGCCAAACAGCUUAGGCAAACCAUUGAUCAGCAAAUCGAAUUGAACAAAAUAUCGCGACGAGAUGAAGUGAUAACAAGCCGAGUCGAAACAAAUCAUGCCAUUGAAUCGGUCAUACAAAAAGAUGACCAACACUUUUUUGAUUAUGCAAAUAAAUUGGUCACUGCCGCCAAAAAUAAAGGCAUUCCCAUCCAUCCUUUGAAGAAAGUUAUCGACGAAUAUACUAAUCAAAAUACAUUGUUGCCGCAGAUUGACGAUUUGCCACACAUGAAAUCACAAAUUGACAUCGGCAUUUCACUCGAACGAAAAUAUGCGAUCAAAUGA